UUGAUUUUUCAUUUCACGUCAAGAUGGCCGCCGGUUUGGUGUAGGAGUUGUCAGUGUUGUGAAAAAACGCAAUUUUUUUAUACAAAUGUAUCAUUUAUAGUUUUAAUUAGUUUGUAAUUAAUUUAUUCAUUUGUGCUGUGAGUGAUUAAAGUGCUUUAGGAUGUCGGGCGAUCGCGAAAUUCCCGCCGAAGACAGUAUUAAAGUCGUGUGUAGGUUUCGACCCCUCAAUGAUUCAGAGGAGAAGGCUGGCUCGAAAUUCAUCGUGAAAUUUCCGUCAGGCGGCGAGGAUAAUUGUAUUUCGAUAGCGGGUAAAGUCUACUUGUUCGACAAGGUAUUUAAACCCAAUGCAACACAAGAAAAAGUCUACAAUGAAGCGGCUAAAAGUAUCGUUUCUGACGUUUUGGCCGGUUAUAAUGGCACAAUUUUCGCAUAUGGUCAAACCUCAUCGGGUAAAACCCAUACAAUGGAAGGUGUCAUAGGUGAUCCACAAAAACAGGGUAUAAUACCCCGUAUAGUCAACGAUAUCUUCAAUCAUAUUUAUGCAAUGGAAGAAAAUCUUGAAUUUCACAUCAAAGUCUCAUAUUUUGAAAUCUACAUGGAUAAAAUUCGAGAUUUAUUGGAUGUUUCCAAAGUUAAUUUAUCGGUGCAUGAAGACAAAAAUCGUGUUCCUUAUGUGAAAGGUGCCACAGAACGUUUCGUAUCAAGUCCUGAAGAGGUUUUCGAAUCGAUCGAAGAAGGCAAAUCUAAUCGACAUAUUGCAGUAACAAAUAUGAAUGAGCAUUCGUCACGUUCCCAUUCAGUAUUUUUAAUAAACGUCAAACAAGAGAAUUUAGAAAAUCAGAAAAAAUUAUCAGGAAAAUUAUAUUUGGUCGAUUUGGCUGGUUCAGAAAAAGUUUCAAAAACCGGUGCUGAAGGCACAGUUUUAGACGAAGCAAAAAACAUAAAUAAAUCAUUAUCAGCACUUGGUAACGUUAUCAGUGCCCUUGCUGAUGGAAACAAAACCCAUAUACCUUAUCGUGAUUCAAAAUUAACCCGAAUCUUACAAGAAUCAUUAGGUGGUAAUGCACGUACAACAAUUGUUAUUUGUUGUUCACCAGCAAGUUUUAACGAAUCUGAGACAAAAUCAACUUUAGAUUUUGGUAAACGUGCAAAAACCGUUAAAAAUGUGGUUUGUGUUAAUGAGGAACUCACCGCUGAAGAGUGGAAACGUCGUUAUGAGAAAGAAAAAGAAAAAGUUGCACGUCUUAAAGGCAAAGUUGAGAAAUUGGAGAGUGAAUUGCAACGUUGGCGUGCUGGUGAAACUGUCAAAGCUGAAGAACAAGUCAAUUUGAAUGAAAUAACGGAAGUUGUGACUCCGGUUUCCGGUGUUGAAGAGACAACAGUGGAAAAACAGGGACCUGUACCGGCAACACCGGCCCUUAUGAUUGGUUCAACACUCGAUGUAGAAGAACGAAGAAAAUUGGAAUUGGAACGUGAACGACUCUAUCAACAAUUGGAUGAAAAAGACGAAGAAAUCAACGAACAAAGUCAAUAUGUUGAGAAAUUGAAAGAACAAAUGUUGGAACAGGACGAGUUAAUUGCGAGUACACGACGCGAUUAUGAAUCACUUCAAGCUGAAAUGAAUCGAAUUCAGCAAGAGAAUGAAAGUGCAAAAGAAGAAGUUAAAGAAGUGUUGCAAGCACUUGAAGAAUUAGCAGUGAAUUACGAUCAAAAAUCGCAAGAAGUUGAUGCAAAAAAUAAGGAAAUGGAGAGUUUAUCCGAGGAGUUGAUGCAAAAACAAGCCAGUUUGAAUACCACCACAACUGAAUUGCAACAAUUGAGGGAUAUGUCGAGUCAUCAAAAGAAACGAAUUGCUGAAAUGUUGAGUAAUUUACUGAAAGAAUUGGGUGAGAUUGGAUCGACUUUGGGUAGUGAUGGGUCUGAAAUUAAAAUAACUAAUGAUGCGGCGAAACUAGAAGAGGAAUUUACAGUUGCACGUUUGUAUAUUUCACGUAUGAAAAGUGAAGUUACGAAUUUGACACAACGUUUGCACGAAAUUGAGAAUAAAGAGCAGGAUAGUAAUAAGAAAGUUACUGAGUAUGAGAAGGAGUUGGGAGAGUGUCGUUUGUUGAUUUCGCAACAUGAGGCACGCAUGAAAAGUUUACAGGAGUCGAUGCGUGAAGCUGAAAAUAAAAAACGUAUGUUGGAGGAAAGUGUUGAUGCGUUGAGGGAGGAGUGUGCAAAACUGAAAGCUGCUGAACAAGUUUCUAGUGCUAGUGAGAGUGAGAAGAAAGAAGCAAAUGAGUUGCGAUUGGCUCUUGAACAACAAAUGGACCAAUUACGUGUCGCGCAUCAGAAACAAGUGGCAGCGUUGAGGGAUGAAAUUGCUGAAAAACAACAAUUGAUCAAUGAUAUUAAAGAUUCAAAUCAGAAGUUGUCGCUCGCCCAACAACAGUUGCAGUCUGAAUAUGAGAAAGUCAAGAUGGAAGAAGCUGAAAAAUCGCUGAAAUUACAGGAGCUCAUUACUACCAACGAACGACGCGAACAAGCACGAAAAGAUCUACGUGGAUUGGAAGACACCGUCGCCAAGGAGUUGCAAACCCUUCACAAUCUUCGAAAAUUAUUCGUCCAGGAUUUACAGGCACGAAUGAAGAAAAAUCUCUCGGCUGAAGAUAGUGAAGAAGAUGGUGGUUCGUUGGCUCAAAAACAGAAAAUCUCAUUCUUGGAGAAUAAUUUGGAUCAAUUGACGAAAGUCCAUAAACAAUUGGUGAGAGAUAAUGCCGAUUUGAGGUGUGAAUUGCCCAAGUUGGAGAAGCGGUUGAGGGCCACAAUGGAGAGGGUGAAGGCAUUAGAGACGGCCCUUAAGGAGGCCAAGGAGGGGGCUAUGAGAGACCGCAAAAGAUAUCAGUUUGAAGUGGACCGGAUUAAGGAGGCGGUGAGACAGAAGAAUUUGGCUCGUCGGGGCCCCACUGCAACUAUUGCUAAGCCAAUCAGGUCGGGUCAACACCAUGUUAUGGUCAGUGGUCCUACUAUUCGUACUGGGGGCCAGAAAAAUAUGGACAUUGCGCGAAAACAACGCGAUUCACUUGUCAUAAACGAGAAAGAUGCAUAAAAAACAUGGGAUACCAAAAAUAUUGCGUAUUUUUGUGCUUACUUGCUUAGUUAUUACUAGAAUUUAAGGUGCACUUAACGACAAAUUGUUUCUUCGAGUUUUUAGUGCAAUAAGAAAUAAUUUGUGAUUUCUGUCGCUAUAUCGCAUUAUAAUCAUGGUGGUGUAACGAUUAAAAUUUUUCCAGGCUUAAAAAAAAACCGUGUCUUGUAAUAUAAAAGUGGCAUUAUUGUUUUCGAGUAGUUGUUCCCCCGAAUCAAAUGGUCUAAUUAGCACGUUUAGAAAAUUAAGUAGCACAUUUUACACAUACAACUGGAUUAUUUGUAUAGCCUGAUUAGUUUUGUAUAAAUUCGUUUAAGUAAUGAUAUAUUUUUUUAUUUUGUUGUUUUUCUCAAUGGUGCGAAAUCAGACGAUUUGCUUGACUGGUGCAAGUGAAAAUCGCUCUGAUCCAAUCUGAUUUCAUUGUGAUAAGUAGCAAAAAGUUUCUGUUCUUCCGAUUGGUUGCAUUUAAAAAUGCGUCACAAGAUCAUUAAUUUAUUUGUUUGUAGAUAAUUGUUUAGUGACAUUUGGAACAGCUGUAGUCGUGUUAGUGGAUGCUUGAGUCAAUAAUGCAAUUUAUUUAUUUAAAUGAUGGAAAUUAUAUUCUAAUAAACUAAUACAGAUUA